CUUCUCAAAACAUCUCAGUCUCUCUCUCUCUCUCAAUAUCUCUUCCAAACUUUUCCUCUUAGAUUUCCUCAAUCUCUUUCUCUAUUUGAAAUCUAAUUUUUGUGAUUUGCUCCCACAUCCACAAAUGGUACUACCAAAGCAUGGCCACAGAUUCUUCAAAUUUAGAAUCCCAUUUUCAAGCCAAAGUCCCACAUAUGAUCAUUUCAGUUUAUAAAAUAAAAAUAAAAGCUUUUUUUUUUUUUUUCCUAUUAAUUUCCUCCACAAACUUCUUCUCAAUUUUUGCUCUCAACCACACCACCCAAAUAGUCUUUAACAGUUUCCUAGCUAGUUCUAAUAUUCUUGUCUUUUUUUGAAAAAAGAAAAAUCUAGGAUAUAUAUCUGUCCCUCACUUCUCUAAGUCUUUUCUCUUUGAGACAAAUGGUUCCUAAGGAAUACGAGUUCUCACGUGGGGUUGUGGAAAUGGCUUGGAUUAUGCUUAGCGUUGAUUACUCAAGGCUUUUCUGGUUAUUGUUUGGUGUAUUCUCUUAUGAAAAUCAUGAGGGGAAGCCUCGGAUCUUCUAGCAUAUAUUCACUUCCAUCUUUGUUGUCUAAAAUUAUUAUUACAUAUUUAAUACUAUCAAGCAAGUAUUAUAUAGGAAAAUAAACAGUAAGCUAUAUAGCUAGCGUUGAUUUCUCAGUCAUGUAUAAGGCAAGGGUAGGAGGGUGUGUUGAUGGAGCUGAGGAUCAGCUUGGAUACGUUGAAACUGAUCCAUCUGGUCGAUAUGGUCGAUUCAGGGAAAUUCUUGGGAAAGGAGCAGUGAAAACAGUGUAUAGAGGAUUUGAUGAGGUUCUUGGAAUAGAGGUUGCUUGGAACCGUGUUGAGCUUAAGGAAGUGUUUCAUUCACCAGAAAUAUUGCAGCGACUUUACUCAGAGGUUCACCUUCUCAAGAACCUUGACCAUGACUCCAUCAUGCGAUUCUACACCUCUUGGGUUGAUAUCAAUCGUAGAACUUUCAACUUCAUCACCGAAAUGUUCACUUCCGGUACACUCAGAGAGUAUAGGCUGAAGUAUCGGCGAGUAGAUAUUCGAGCAGUUAAGAACUGGAGCCGCCAAAUCCUACGUGGGCUUGCUUAUUUGCAUGGCCAUGAUCCUCCUGUGAUUCAUAGAGACCUCAAAUGCGAUAAUAUCUUCAUCAAUGGCCAUCUUGGACAAGUCAAAAUUGGUGAUCUUGGCCUAGCAGCCAUCCUUCGUGGCUCCCAACAUGCCCACAGUGUCAUAGGUACACCAGAGUUCAUGGCACCAGAAUUAUACGAAGAGGAAUACAAUGAACUUGUUGACAUAUACUCCUUUGGCAUGUGUUUGUUAGAAAUGCUUACUUCUGAGUACCCCUACAACGAGUGCUCCAACCCAGCCCAAAUAUACAAGAAAGUUACCUCGGGAAAGCUGCCCGAUGCAUUUUACCGAAUUGAAGACAUGGAGGCUCAGAGAUUUGUGGGAAAAUGCUUAGAGACUGUGUCAAAAAGAUUGCCAGCCCGAGAGCUUUUGUUGGACCCAUUUCUAGCUUCUGAAGAAGGUGGAUUGUUGCCCAUCACACGUACCGAAAGUCCCAAAUCAAGAACAGUGGUGGGUUUGCCACCUUUGGUUUCUGAUCCAAUUAGGCGCACUGAUAUGACUAUCACUGGGACCUUGGACCCUGAAGAUGAUUCCAUUUUCCUUAAAGUGCAAAUUUCUGCGGAGGACGGUCAUGCCAGGAACAUAUACUUUUCGUUCGAUGUUGUACACGACACUGCAAUUGACGUAGCAAUUGAGAUGGUCAAAGAAUUGGAAAUUAGCGAUUGGGAACCAUUGGAGAUAGCUGAGAUGAUAGAGGAUGAGAUAUCUUCUUUGGUCCCAACUUGGAAGGAUUGGGGGGGCACAUCCCAGUCUCACAAUCAGCACAGCUUUAGCUAUGAAGAAGAAGAAGAAGACAAUGAUAGUACCCACCAUCCUUUCUAUUCAUCCUCUUCUUGCUCUUCCUCUCAAGCAUGUCUCCCAGCUUUUACCUCUUCCUACAAGACCCAUAAUCAUGGGAACAAUGUAGCCUCUGGCCAUGAUUGGCUUCAAGAUUUGUUUAUCAAUGACGAUUCAAGUUCUCAGAGCUCUUUGAACUCCUUCAAAUACUCAAAUUUGAGUUACUACUCGGCCAAUGAAGAUGAUUAUGAUUCGAGUAUUAGAAGAGUAGGUGAACCCAUUUGCAAUGCAAAGGCUCCCACAUGUACAAGAUUCUGUCCUACAGAUAUGAUGAGUGCAAAUCAUUCCAAACAGUACUGCGAGUUGCAGUUUGAUUAUGGGAGAAACUAUGGCUCAAAGCUCCCACAGAAGCUAACUAGGAAUCGUUCACUUGUGGAUGCACGUAGUGAGUUGUUGCGGAGGGCUGUGAUGGAGGAAAUAAACAAGAGGAGAUUGUUCAAAACUGUGGGAGCUGUUGAGAACAUUGGGUUUCAGGAACCAGGCAAGCUUUAAGGCAAGGUGUUUAUAAGUGGUUUUUAUGGGUAUAAAGCUAGGCCCUCCAAAGAUAUGUAUGGUGAAGUUUGAUAUUUUCAUGGAGUGCUUAAGUAAAUUCUUGAAUCAUUAUGAAUUCAAGCUGAGAGGGAAAAGUUUUAGAACCACCUCUGUAAGCCAACAUCUGGGAAUGAUCACUUUAAAAAAAAGAGGGAGUAAAGUUACUUACCAAUCAUCUCUCCCAGAUUCCUUACAAAGUGAGAGUUUUGAUCACUGAAUACGACCUGUGUAAGCUGGCAUAGGUUGUUUAUGCUAUUAAUCAGGUGUGGAUUCAAAGCAAUGCUUUGGGUGCAUAAUAUGAUCCUUCGAGUGAUCUGCAGCUGCUUGUAGCUAUUUUGAUGUUGUUGUAAUGCUUGUAUUUAUGAGUUAUUGAACUGAUUAAACUAUCUUUGUAAGGUGUUGAAUAAAAUUUACUCAUU